CCGCCAGAGGUUUCUAGAAGCAGCAGCGUGCGGCGGACAACCACCCGGCAGACUGACAGCGAGACCUCCGGCUCUCUGCCACAUUCAGCGUUCUGUAAUAAAUUAUAUCUCUUAUUUAUCUGCACAAAUGGCGAAGUGGGGUGAAGGAGACCCUCGUUGGAUCGUGGAGGAGAGAGCUGACGCGACAAAUGUCAACAAUUGGCACUGGACUGAAAGAGAUGCCACUAAUUGGUCUUCAGAUAAGCUGAAAUCCUUGUUGCUCGGGCUGAGCGUGGAGAGCGAGGAGGGAAGGUGUGAGGUGACGGAAGUCGGCAAAUUGGAAGGAGAGGCCUCUAUUAACAACCGCAAAGGGAAACUAAUUUUCUUCUAUGAAUGGAACCUAAAAGCAACCUGGACCGGAAAGUCAAAAACCGGCGUCAAAUAUAAAGGUUCGAUCGAAGUGCCAAACCUGUCUGAUGAGAAUGACAUGGAGGACCUCGAUAUUUCCAUUACGUUGAACAAGGAUGAGCCCGACACGCCCCUGAUCAACCUGAUGAAAACUAAAGGAGCCGAGAAAGUCCGCGAGGCGCUGGGGAGUUACGUCGGUUUUUUGAAAACAGAAUUUACACAAGGGAUGAUCCUGCCUACUGCUAACGGUGUAGCCAAGCCUCAGUCAGCUUCUCAGUCCAAAGCCACUAUGGAUAAAACUCAGGUUUCCUCGGGAAGCAGCAAAGCAGCUCCAGUCAACACGGGUGUAAAAAUCCCCACCUGUAAAUUCACCAUUAAAGAUACAUUUCUCACCUCACCAGCUGAACUCUACAGAGUGUUUCUCAACCAGGACAUGGUUCAGGCAUUCACGCGCAGUCCUGCAACAGUGGAUGGAGAGAGGGGCGGAAAGUUUCGGCUUCUAGAAGGAAACGUCUUUGGAGAAUUUACAGAGCUGGUACCUGAUGAGAAAAUAGUUAUGAAGUGGAGGUUUAACAACUGGCCCUGUGAACAUUACGCAACCAUCACCCUGAUGUUCUUGGACCGCAGCAGCGAGACGGAGCUGAAAGUGGAGUGCAGAGGCGUCCCCAACAGUGAAGAGGAACAGACAAAAGGCGGCUGGAAGAGAUACUACUUUGAAGCUAUUAAACAGACUUUUGGCUAUGGAGCCCGACUUUUCUGAGAAUGCUGUGCUGUAAUGUUUUCUUUUUUUUUUUUCUCCCCUGUUUGGACCAGAACAGUUUUACACUUGUGGAGCGAGUUACCAACACAGACUCCUCCGUCACUGUAUGUGUAAAUCUUUUCAUUUCUGGACAAAUCUAACUUGAAAAUUCUCCCUCAGUGUUUGGCUCAGUUCUUCAAGAAGAACCUAAAUGAACUGUGCUUUUUUUUGGACUGGUUUAAAAUGUAUUGGAUAAUACAGAAUCUACUGAACCACUGAGAAUUGGCAUCAAUAUCAAUUACAAAGUGGCUUUAGAUGCUUUAAAAUUGAAUGUUUUUGUACUUAUUGUAUUCAUUCUGAGUCAUUGUAGGAAAGAGGAUUUAAACAAAGAUGCAUGUCUCAUUUAAACAUGUUGAAUAGGAGGGGUUAGGACCUGAUCUUCACCACAGUUCAUUACAUCCAGGACAAGCAUCAAUCAGACUUGAAGCAAGUGUUUGUUUUUUGUUUGUUUUUUUAAUGCCUGUAGCAACUUUAAUUUGCUAUAUAUGGCUUCAAAAUGUAAAUAUGCAGUAAAAUACUCUAAGAUCAGAAU